AUGCGGAAUGAUGAUUUUGCAGAUCGUAGGAAGAGGAAAUCUUCGUCGGUGACGUUCAAAAAUACAGAUGAGAUUCGUUAUACUAGCUCCUCGGACAUUUCCAUAUUUCCACCAUCCUCUACAUCACUGGACGAUGAAUUCACCACUAUCGAGGAUACGACGAAAACCUUUAAACAGUUCCAAUAUAAAGCGGGAAUGUUGAACCUGAUUUCGAAAAAAUAUGAGAGUUUGGAUUACGAUAAAAUGGAAAACGAUGUGCUCGUAAAUGCUGAGGAACGUGAAGGAUACAAGUACUUUGUUCAUAAGAACAUCAUGCAAUGGGUUGUUUUCCUUUUAACUGGAAUUUUGACCGCUGCCAUCGCCUCCACCGUCGACAUAGCCAUCGUGGAAGUCUGCAAAGUUAAAUACUACUUGCUAGAUCCUUAUCUAAACGAUAAUGAUAUCGGGUUCAAUAAGCCGCUGUUUCUUUGGAUGUUCUUGAACGUGAUUCCAAUCUUAAUCGGAUCACUCAUGGUCACUUACUUCGAACCCAUAGCCAGUGGUAGUGGAAUUCCUUUGGUGAAAUGUUACCUCAAUGGAAUAGAUCUGCCGAGGAUAUUGGCUUUAAAGACGUUGUUUGUAAAAGCGACCGGAUUGGUCUGUUCGAUAGCCGGAGGAGUUGCUAGUGGAAAGGAAGGUCCUAUGAUUCACGUAGGUGCAUGCGUCGCGAAUUUAGUGAGCAAAGGUAGAAUGAAGUUUUGCAACAGAGAAAUACACAUGUUCAGGUAUUUUCGCGACGAUCAAGAGCGAAGGGAUUUUGUGUCGGCUGGAGCUGCUUCCGGUGUAUCAGCAGCUUUCGGCGCUUCAGUUGGAGGUGUUUUGUUCAGCUUGGAGGAAGGCGCCAGCUUCUGGAAUCAGAACUUGACUUGGCGCAUAUUCUUCGGAUCUGUGGUGAGCACCUUCACUGUAAAUUUGAUUUUAUCAGCUUAUUACGGCGCCGCUGGUGAUCUUACUCAUCCCAGUCUCAUAAACAUGGGUAAAUUCACCUUCACCUAUCAAAUAAGCGAGAUUCCGAUUUUCGCUUUAAUCGGAUCUAUAGGUGGAGUCUUCGGUGCUCUCUGGAACCACAGUAACUAUAAACUUUCUGUGUUCAGAUUCAAAUUCUUCAAGAAGAAAUGGAUGAAAGUGACCGAAGCCUGUUUCGUCUCUGCACUGACAGCAGCAAUUUCCUUUACCAUGGCUUACUUUACCAAACAAUGUAGACCUAUCACUGAAGGUCAUACCAUAUACACACCUAGGGCGUUUUGCGAGGACGCAAAUGAAUAUAAUUUGAUUGCCAGGAUGUGGUUGCAAACACCGCAGGCUUCCGUUCAAAGACUCCUCCACGAUCCAGCCGACGAAUAUCCGCUUAUCGAUUUAGCUAUUUUCACUCUCGCUUAUUUCUUCUUAUCCUGCAUCACUUUCGGUUUAUCAACAUCCAACGGGAUCUUCGUACCGUCUUUACUAACUGGAGCCGCUUGGGGUCGAAUGAUCUCCACCAUCUUCAUCAUGAUCUUUCCUGAUUAUAAGAAUAGAGUCGACACAGGAAAAUACGCUUUAAUUGGAGCGGCUGCUCAUUUAGGUGGUUUAGUUCGCAUGACUAUAAGCUUAACAGUCAUCAUCAUGGAAACCAGCGAUAACAUAUCCUUCAGUUUACCAAUAAUCAUAACGUUGAUAAGCGCUAAAUGGACAGGAGAUUUCUUCAACGAGGGAAUUUACGCUAUUCAAAUUCGCCUGAAGAAAGCGCCUUUCCUACCAUUCGAUCCACCUCCAAUGACGCACAAUAUCUACGCCACCGAAGUGAUGAAUAACAACGUAGUUGGUUUCAGGAGCGUCGAAACUGUGGAUUUUCUUUACGAGACGCUAGAGAAGACCGAGCACAACGGAUUCCCAGUACUCGAGUUGGAAAAUCCUGAAGAUGAUUUGAAGUAUGGUAAGAUAGUAGGUUUGAUACUUCGAGAUCAAAUACUUCUGAUCCUCAAGAAGAAGUGGUUUAGCCACAACAUGCACUUGUGGGCCGGCACAGUUACAAUGAACAUUUUCCGAGACGAAUAUCUACAUAAAUAUAGAAUUGAAGAUAUUGAAUUAACGUUUGAAGAGAAGGCUGAGUAUUCUGUGGAUUUUAGACCGUUCCUCAAUCAUUCGCCUUAUACACUUUUGAGCACUGCUUCGUUGCCGAAGAUGUUCCGACUUUUCCGGGCUUUAGGUUUGAGGCAUUUACCAAUCGUCAACGAUUCCAAUGAAGUGGUCGGAAUGGUCACGCGCAAGGAUCUCGCCAAGUUUAGAGUGUACAUCAAAAAGGGCAGGAUGAAGCUGCAUCAAUACAUAAUCACAGAAGAUUAGACUGUACUUUAAGUUCUUUAAUAUAGUGUGUACAAUUUCAUGAUUUGGCUUAUUCAUUCGGAAAUCGAUUCUCAGAUUAUACGCCUUUGCAA